AUGUCUACAAAACAUGGGGAAGCCUCCCAAACAAGGGCGGCCAGAGUGGAGGUGGGCUCAGAGAUCACGGCUGUGAGAAGUAACAGGGUGGUGCUGGAUAAUACCAUCUGCCUGGCUGAAAUCAUCAUCUGCAACGGCAAGAUAGCCGACAUUCUGCCCAAGAGGAGCCAGGCUCUUGCCAGCGGAGAGAAGGUGCUGGACGUCGACGAUCUGGUAGUGAUGCCCGGGAUCAUAGACCCUCAUGUCCACACAUGUGAGCCAGGGCACACGGCCUCAGAGGGUUACUCUUCUGCAACCAAGGCUGCUGCUGCAGGAGGCAUCACAACCCUGGUGGCUGUGCCACUCUGUCUUCCCCCAGCCACAGCUCUGGCAAACUUUGACGACAAGCUGCAGUCUGCUGAAGGGCAGUGCCAUGUGGAUGUAGCCUUCUGGGGUGGAAUCGUCCCUGGAAAUCAGAAUGAGCCGCUGUCCAUGCUGCAGACUGGAUUCCCAGGCUUUAAGUGCUCCCUGAUUGCAAGUGGAGUGGAGGAAUUCCCCCAUGUCAGCCUCCAAGAUCUGCACAUGGCAAUGAAUGAACUGCAAGGCACAGACUAUGCCCUACUGUUCCACGCAGAGCAAGAGCUGGGCCAGUGGAAGCUGGCACUAGAGGAUCCCACAGAGUACAGGGCACUCCUGGACUCCCGCUGCGAUGCAAUGGAAGUGGAGGCCGUCCAGACCAUUGCUGAUCUCUGCCUCCAGUACAAGCACCCCCUCCAGCCCAGAUGCAGCAUUGCCUGGGAUGUUGCCUCUCAUACCCCUCUGGUUGCCACUUUCUGUGCUGUGGGGACCACGCCCAGCCGUACUCUAACCCAGACUGCCAUGCUGGGUCUCUGGUGGCUCGGCCCUCUGGCCAAGUCACGUGCUGGUUCAGUCCCCUUCCAGCCCUGCCACAUCCUCCACCUCUCUCUGCCCAUCAACAGAGAAGUUCGCCAGAAAGGGGCGCCACUCACUACAGAGACUGCCCACCACUACCUCACCCUGACGUCUGAACGCAUUCCACCCGGGGGCAUCUACUACAAGUGCUGUCCUCCUAUCAGAGCCAAAACCAAUCAGGAUCAGCUGUGGAGUGCUCUGCAAGAGGGGCUGAUUGAUAUGGUGGUGUCAGCCCAUAACCCCGGCUCACUAGACCUCAAACUCUUGGAUGACAGAGACUUUUUCAAGGCCCAGGGAAGCAUUGUCUCACUACAGUUUGGUAAGAAGGGUGGACUGCCUCUGUUCUGGACCUCAGCAAAAUCCAAGGGAUUCUCCCUUCAUGAUGUGGUGCAACUGAUGUGCAAAAAUCCUGCCAGCUUGAGCCGACUGGAUGAUGGCAAGGGGGCGCUGUGCCCUGGGAUGGAUGCUGACUUGGUGAUCUGGGAUCCAGACAAGGAAUUUGAGGUGAAGAAAAACAUGAUUCAACAUAAAAACCAACUGACCCCGUACCUUGGCUUCCAGCUUUGUGGAGAAGUUCUUGCAACUAUCGUGCAUGGCAGGUUGGUUUAUCUGAAAGGGAAGUUCUCACCCAAGCUGAAAGGAGUCCUGCUUGUAACUCAGAGAAAGAUGUCCACAAGAGUCUCCUCCUCACCCUACUACUGA